CAUCUCUCAUGCCUUCUAGCACUGUACCUUGUUCUGAACACCGAUUAACUCAAGGAAAUCUAGGGUUUUCUAUCAACCAAAUGCAAGGAUGCUGAGGGUCAUUCCCCGGAUAUACCGAUACCGAUCGCUACCACCGUCGACGCCAGAUUUCAUUGGAACUUCCUAUACCACCAUAUUACAGAGAUACUACAGCUCCACCGGGCAACCCACUGGCAUCACUGACCCUGUAGAUUCAGUAUCACAAUCAAUAACAGUGUCUGGUCCAGGUUCGAUAUCCCUUGCUCAUCCGAAAGACCCAAGGUCUGGACAUGGGUACUCCGACUUCCCUCCGUCAUCUUCGCCUCCGUCCGAGUGCGACUCGUCUCCCUCCGCUAGCCUUUCAGGUCCUCCUGCACGCACUCACCAACCAGAUUCUCAGCAGUCAUAUACAGCCCCUCCAUUCCACACACAUGCCUUUGUAGCCGCGCUCGAGAAGUCAUUCCCCACACCUACAGCGCGAGGUUUGAUGAGGGCCACGCGUGCUUUGCUGGUGGACAGAAUAGGUCGGGUAAGGCGAGAAGGCCUGACGAUCAAAGAUUUGGAUAAUCAAGCAUAUUUAUUCCGUGCAGCGCUUUCUGAGCUGCGCGCGGAGCAAACCGCGAGGUCUCGUAAUGAAAGCGCAGCAAUACGCUCUGCGACAGCUGCGUUGCGCCGAGAAGUGGAUCGCCUAGAUGUCAAAAUGAAAGAAGACCUCGGUACCUUGAAACAUGAGAUUCAAAUGGAGCUUGACACCCGCAAGAACGAGUCAAAGGCACAGCUCAAACAGCAGACCAUCGCAAUUGAGGAAGUCCUCAAUAAGGCGAUUAUAACGCUCAGUGACCUCCGCGCGAACAUGGAAGAGGUCAAAUGGAAUAACAUGCGUCAAGCUGUCGCUGCACUGGGCGCUUUUGUUUUAUGCAUCGUUAUCAGCAUGGAGAUGUACACAUUCACCAAACAGAACCCGCCACCGCCGCCGCCGCUGGCUAGACCGCCUCCAUCAGAUGGUGAAGCAGUGUCAUAGCACACAGCAAUAUAACCACUCCUCACAGAUAACAUACUCGCUAUCUUACAAGGACAUGAACAGCCGCAUGGACCGAGCAUAGAUUGUUGUAC